ACAGAGGACUCAGCUCGUCUGGAGGUGUUGAGCGCUCCGACCACAGCUCCCCCCGUAUCUCCUCCUCCUGCAGGACCCGCCUGACGACCUACAGCACAGGUCAGACAGAUGGAGGGUGAGAUAUGAAGGGCUGAACGGAGGGAUGGACGGGUUAAUAGACUCAAUAACGGUCUGGGUGGUCUCAGCCGACUUUGACGCUCCGUACGAGGAGCUGCAGCAGCUGGGACAGGGAGGCUUCGGGAGUGUCUUUGCUGGCUGCCGGAAAGAGGACCGUCUGCCUGUCGCUAUAAAGCACAUCCCAAGGGCCAAGGUCACAAUGACACAGGACGUUGAACAUAAUUCAAUGCCGCAAAGAAGAGAAAACAUCAACGCAUCAAAGUAGCCUACACAGUGCAUGAAUGCACCAAAGUCUGAGU